AUGGCGACGACCAGGAAAGCUGCCGAUACAGAUGAUCUUUGGACAUUUUCUCUGUUUGCCCCUCCAUCGGCACUAUCCAGCCAAGAUGAUGAUGAUACCACAUCGACGACAACAACGACAACGUCUCGUCGACUGUACCAACUGCAACGGUCCUUGACGGAAGGUGGACGAAAGGUCACGACACGAGUGACGACCUUUCCCACAGAUGCGACGACUGCAGCAACCACCCGUGUUGUUGUGGACCCCAAUUCGAAUACUAGCACUGCUACAACUACACAAGAAGAAAUUGAAAUUGUGGCGACGGGUACAACUACUACCAACAAGAACGAAGGAGGAAUCUCGGACGAACGAACGUCUCUCCUGGUGAAUGAUGAAACAAAUAAUCAGUCCAAGGACACAACUACAAGCACUGCUAGCAGUACAUUCAAUCCGACGGGAUGGACGUUUUCCAGCCCCUUUUGGACGCUUCAGUCCAACAUUCUACUCCGACUCACGUACAAACCGGCCUGGCAGGUAUUGCCCGCAUACACACGCAACAAGUGCCACAACAAAUCCAACAACAAAUCCAAGAUGCUCGGUGCCACGGGAAGUUUUGCCGCCGCCUGUUGUUGUUCCUGUGCGUGCUGUGGCAGUUGUUGCGAUGGCACACAGACGGAUCCGUAUCGAUCCAUUACCUUUACGUCCACCGAUAUUCGUCGGGUCGAGACGUUGCCAUCCCUUACGGUUCGAGGAUUGGGAGAAUGUUCCGGAAUUCGAGUCUACCUCGAAUAUCCCAAUGAUUGUUUUCGCCUUACGGUACCCACCAAUGUCCCACAGCCCUAUCAAUCCGCAUGGAAUCAACACGUACAACACGCACAAGACAAUAGUACUCCGAAUAGUGACAACAACAACAACAACAACAACAACAACAACAAGUCCUUUUUGCAACAAAUGAGACAAGAAAUGGAGCAAGAUCGAGGACAGGCAGAAACGGUACCACCCAUCCUCCAUGAUGAUGACAACAUGUCCAACCCACAUGUAAUAGGACCCAUUGUGACAUUCGCCAUGCCCAAAGAUCAUCGCGAUGACGACGAACCACCCAUUGCUUGGAAAGUCGAUCUUCCCCCACCCGCUCAUGCCGGACCCAUUGCCAUUGAAACCGUCACCGUCAUGGAUGGACCACUGCUUGUCGUGUCCAACAACACCACCAACAGCAAUAGUGAUUCAGCCUACCAACCCACACAUGUCUACGUCAAUGGAUACCAAAGUUGGUCUUUUGCCGGAUCGGUACCCCUGGGACAGAAACAACCCAAACCGGCCAUGCCCGACACCUUUAGCAAGGCAUUCAAUCACGGAGCCACCCUUCCACCCGUGUCACUUGAAUACGUGGCCAAUCACCAACAACAAAAUAUUCCACACCACACGUCCAAUGACUACUUGUCCGAUUUCUUUACGUGCAUUACGUCUCACCAAGAAGAAUUGGCCGUUGACGACGACACGGAAAUUGUACUCGAUACCAAACACGUCACCACGGAACAACAACAUCAGCAUCCACAACGGAUUCGAAACAAUAUCAAGCGACCGCGACGUCGGAGAAUUGUACAACGACCGCUGGAUGAACGAGGAGGACCUGCACUCGUCUUGGGGUGGUUGUCGCAACGACGACAAUUUGGAAUCAUUUCCAUGGACGCAUCCUUGCAACGAAUACAAAUGCAUGCAUCGCAUCAAGGACAGUUGUUAUUAUUACACAACAGCAGCAACAACGACAAUCUCCAUUCUACCGAUUGGGCAUUUUGUCAGUUGGAAGCACCUCACACGUACGACGAAGAGCCACUGGUGCAUUAUCUACGGGCCGUCGCGGGAUACAAUCAAGCCAAACCCUUGCAGAAUGGACCGCUAUUGACGGGAUGGUGCAGCUGGUAUCACUACUACGAAAAUAUUGAUGAACAAAGUUUAAAAGCCAACUUUGCGACGCUCUCGUCCUUGCGCAAAACGUGUCCGACCAACGUGUCCGUCGUCGAUGAUGGAUACAUGACGGCAUGGGGGGACUGGGAUUCGCUCAAGCCGGGAAAGUUCUCGUCCACCAAUUCCAUGAAGGCCGUCGCGGACAAUAUUCGACAAGAAUCCAUGAGACCGGGAAUAUGGUUGGCACCCUUCACAUGCGACAAACAUUCCAAACUUGUCCAACAACAUCCCGAUUGGAUCAUUCGCAACCAUCAAGGUCUGCCAGCCAAUAGUUCCAACUGUGGCAAAUUCUUUUACGGGCUAGAUGCCACCAAUCCACAAGUCCUGGAAUAUGUCUACCACUGCAUCCGACGGGCUGUGGUGGAUUGGGGAUACAGCGUUUUGAAGAUUGAUUUUCUGUACGCGGCUUGUCUGGAUGGGAACGGCAAGUACGACUUGUCCAUGUCACGUGCCGAGGCCAUGCAUUUGGCAUUGCACACCAUCCGGUCGGCAGCUGGGCCCAAUACUUUCUUGAUUGGAUGCGGAUGUCCCCUGGGACCGGGUGUGGGAUAUGUCGACGGGAUGCGGAUUUCUGCCGAUACGGGCCCCACGUGGUACCCGGCGUUGCCGCUUCCGUGGUGGGAUCAUGGGACUCUACCGUCCUUGCGCGGUAUGAUUCGGAAUUCCAUCACCCGCGCACCGUUGGGACAUCGAUGGUGGCACAAUGAUCCCGAUUGUCUCAUGUUGGGAAGCACGACAAAACUUACACUAGAGGAAGUGGCGAGCAGUGCUUCCAUCGUCGCCUUGACGUGUGGGAUGCUCUUGUUGUCCGAUGAUUUGACCAAGGUCUCUCCGGCUCGAAUGCGCAUCUUGACCAAGAUCUUUCCCAUGACAGGAGUCAGUGCCGUCGUUUUGGAUAUGCAUUCGCUGAAAGACGGGCAUGGCCUACCAACAAUGCUAAGGUUGUGGUGUACCGAUGUCAGUGAGAAGCGAGAUGAAUUCCGUCGCACCAAAUCGCAAGAAGGAAACGCAACUCGUGAUCACAAUGAAGAAGCUGGAUACUUUAGUCGUUUUGCCACUUUCCGUCUCAGUGAAACGCCUACUCACCCCAACGAACGACAACGGAGUUGCAUCCACAUGGUAAAGGGUCUGGGGACAUGGACCAUCCUGUCGCUCAGCAACUGGCUUGACACGUCGGCCGUGGUUCACAUACCGCCCAUGGCAUUGGCUCCUCCGCCUGAAGCUGCUAUUGCGGCACCUCUUCGGGUUCCAACCAGUCCUGAUCAUGGAUACCAUGUGUUUGCGUUUUGGUCAUCAAAGUACCAAUGGAUAGCUGGGACACCGGAGCACCCUGAUGCUGAUGUUUCAGACAACUCAAACAAUGACGACGAUGCCUUUUCCACUGACGCUCCUCUUCUGAGCAAGCUAUUGGGCCCGCAUGAAACAGAAAUAUUCCACAUCAAACCGGUCACACCGCAGACGCCGCAGUACCUGGGAAGUGACAUUCACUUCUCGUGCGGGCAGGAGGUGGACAUCUUCCACUCACAAGAGCACCUGUUGACAAUUCAGCUUCGAACGGACUACCAUCGUGUCGGGCACAUCUUUGUGUUUGUCCCCAUUGUCAGCACAAGUCAAGUGAGAGCGACCUGUGCGGGUGAACCAUGUCGGUGGACUACGGUCGGUAACACUCCUCAGAUUGGAAACAGCGGCAGUCCCAACAGUGUGCUUGGACGAGUGUUACAGAUCGAAGUUGCGGCGCACGGUGAUGGGCGAGACAACGACGGCACGAUCACAUUGGAGUAUUAG